CACGGUCUGCUUUUCACGAAGCAUGUUAUCACUUUGUCCAUUUUUAAUUUUUAUUUUUGUCGUAAGACAAGCUGAGACCAGCAUGAGCACUCUGAACCAGCAGUAUGAUGAGAAGGUCCGUCCCCUCAUCGACCUCAUUGACUCUCUCCGCUCUCUCGGUGUAGAGAAGGACCUGGCGCUGCCUGCUAUCGCUGUGAUUGGAGACCAAAGCUCGGGGAAGAGCUCUGUGUUGGAGGCGCUGUCCGGGGUGGCACUGCCGAGAGGCAGCGGUAUUGUGACAAGAUGUCCACUGGAACUGAAGAUGACAAAAACAAAGGAAGGAGAGGCGUGGUAUGGAAAGAUAAGCUACCGCGACUUUGAAGAAAAGAUAAAAGAGCCUGCACUCGUUGAGAAAAUGAUUCGAGAAGCUCAACUUAAAUUGAUCGGGAAUGAGAUGGGGAUCAGCAGUGAGCUCAUCAGUCUGGAGAUUGCCUCCCCGGAUGUUCCAGACCUUACUCUCAUCGACCUGCCUGGCAUUGCCCGGGUGGCUGUAGAUGGGCAGUCGGCAGACAUUGGUGAUAAGAUUAAAACUAUAAUCCAGACUGCCAUCAGUAAACAAGAAACUAUCAACCUGGUGGUUGUUCCAUGCAACGUGGACAUUGCAACUACAGAGGCUUUGAAUAUGGCUAAGCUGGUGGAUCCUGAUGGAGAGAGGACUUUGGGUGUCUUGACUAAACCUGACCUGGUGGACAAAGGCACAGAAGAGAACGUGGUUAAAAUUGUCCAUAAUGAAGUCAUCCCGCUGAAGAAGGGCUACAUAGUGGUCAAAUGCAGGGGUCAGAAGGAGAUCACAGGGAAGGUUUCACUUUCUGAAGCACUAAAAAACGAGGAAGCCUUCUUCAAAGAGCAUGCCCAUUUCCAGACUCUCUUUGAUGAGGGCAAGGCCUCUGUUCCUAAACUGGCAGAAAAACUCACUCUUGAACUGGUGCAUCAUAUUCAGAAAUCUCUGCCACGGCUUGAUGAGCAGACACAUAAGAAACUGGAACAGACUCAGGAAAACCUAAAAAAAUUAAGGACUGGACCCCCAUCUGAUGCAACUCAGAGACAAAAGUUUCUCAGUGAUCUUGUGUUAGCAUUCGCACAGGAUGCUAUCAGUCUGACCAAAGGUGAAGAAUUAAAAUGUGGAUACAACUCCAGCAUCUUUUUCACACUCAGAAAUAAGUUUGAAGCAUGGGAGAAAAUCAUAAAAGACUCUGCAUCAUCAUUCAAAGAGCACAUUCUGAGAGAAGAGUCUCAGUUUGAGCGCACGUACCGUGGAAGAGAACUGCCAUUGUUUGUGAGCUACAGUACUUUUGAGUCCAUAAUCCAGAAGCAGAUCAAACAGCUGGAGGAGCCUGCUAUCCAGAAACUCAAGGAAGUGUCAGAGGUUGUGAGGAAAGAGCUGUUUGAACUGGCACAAAACAGCUUUGUGGGCUUUCCGAACCUCAUCAAUACAGCGAAGAUGAACAUUGAAACCAUCAGGAAUGAAAGGGAAGAGGAAGCAAAGUCCAUUCUGGGGAUGCAGUUUAAGAUGGAGAUGCUUGUUUACACUCAGGACAGCAAAUACAUCACAGAGAUACGAAAUGGAAUUUCCAAAUACGGCCAGCUGUACUUUGGUGGGAUGACCUCAAAGGAGAUGAUGAGACAUUUUGAAGCAUAUUACAAUAUUGCUGGUCAGCGUCUUGCUGACCAGAUCCCCCUGGUGAUCCGGUAUCAGAUGCUGCAGGAGUUUGCCAGCGAGCUGCAGAGUAAGAUGCUGGACGCAUUUUUGGACAAGGAAAGAAAAGAGUACCUGCUUCAAGAGGAUAGUGGCACAAAAAAUAAAAGAGAAGAUCUUAAGAUGCGCCUUGAGCGUCUCUCAAGAGCUCACAUUCUGCUGUCUGACAUUCAAAACUUUCAACCAGAUUCCUAACCUGGCAGCACAAAGCACGAGGUUGGACCUCACUGCAAUCUCUCCAAGUAUUACUAGAAUUGAAAGGGUUGGGUUUUGCACCUAUAGUCAUUUAUAAGAAAGGAAUAUUUCUAUACAGGUAUCAUAAAAAACAGAUACUGUUGCACAAAGAAGUCUUAAGUGCUAGAAGAAGAAAAACAGAAAAACAACACACAUCCAGAGUUUUCAGAUUUCUGCUCAACUGAAUCAGAUUCUGUGUUUUGGACAGGAAUACUUUUUCAUUAUUAUGUGCUCUGUACCUUCACGUGUUUUAUCAUCUGUUAUAGGUUUCCUAUUCAUCUUCAGUUGUAUUAAAUACAUAAAUUAAUAAAAUGCAGU